AAUAUCUGCAAAUUUAUUUCGAAAAGUCCACAAGCGGUUAUCUUCGGGGAUUCCAUCAUGAGCUUUAGAUUGACGAGGUCGUAGAAGUCCUGUGCGCAGAAAAAAAGCUUUAAACAGAUUUGUGUAUUGCAUCGAUUUCAGUGCAUCCUUAAGCUCUGCUUCCUGCAAUGAGUAAAACUUCAUCUGUUUCCCGAACUACAACACCCACCUUGAUCUCAACGCAAUCAUAGUAAUAGGUUAAAAUGAAGAACAAGGUAAGGUUUAUCACGAGCUGAGCCACAUUCGCUAUUUGUUGGAAAAUGUGUCUCUGCUCUACGACGAUGAGAUACGCAUGAAUCGAGCACGCCACGAACGUCUGCAGUAUGAGUGCGAGCAGAUGCAGUCCAAACGUUUUCGAUAGAUGCUUUUUAAAGGUGAUAAGAUCUUCGAAAACUUUAAACACAACAGCCAUCGUAGUUGGAUCGCUUCGGUCAAGUAAGUUUGCUAAAAUUCGAUAACGCUGUAUCAUGUACAGUGCGAAAUAGAGUAGAAACAGCUUCUGCAGGUCCAUGGACAGCUCGACCAGCAGGUUAGCGUGCAGCACUAGGUAAAGCUCGUAGGAAAUAUUAUACCGGAACUGCAGAUACAAGUACAUCAGGAAAAAUGAUCCUCGCAAGAGCAUAAUGGCACCGGUGAGCAUUUUCAGCAGCGUGUGUCGUAUCGCAAAACGAUUCUUCAUCAAUGUGCAAACCCGUUGCAUCGUGUAGUCGAUUGCAAUCGCUUCGUUGACGAUCACGAUCACCUUUAAGCUGUGCUGAUACAUCCCACUCAGGAUCGUGUACAUAAUGUCAGCGUUGAUGAAAUACUUCAACAGAUGCACGAUAUCUGUCACCGAGCUAAUCAUUUGGCGAAAGUCGGUCAACGUGCGCUUCAAGCCAAAGAAGGAAACAAUCGAAACCGUAGCAAGCAGAAUAAUGAUGUUUCUGAGCGCAUUUUUGCGCCGGACGGUUGGCCCUUUGGGCGUUUGGUCUACGUAAACAAGGGAAAUGAAGAGGUGGUUGAAUAGGUUGAGUACUUUUAAGUGAUUCAUGGGAAUGGUCGGACAACGUUUUGCGCGGUACAAGGUUCAGCUUGCUACUGCGGGUAAAAGCAAUCACGUUGCUGUUGUGCGAGUACUAUCAACGUACUGUCAAUGCAUAUUUAACAAUGUUGAUCUUACAUAGCUUUUAGCUAUCGAAUGAAUAUUUUGUGAUGCGCUAUGCAUACUUUGUGGCGUAUACUCACACGCUACCCAAACCGACGUAAACGUACAGGUGUUCGUAAGCAUUAGCUUACCUUCGCUUCGGCAGCAUAAUACUUGAAUGUAAAGGAUAUAAAUGAUCCUCCGUUUAUGACAAGGGUGAGUCAGUUCAUGAAACUAUCCUUAUAACUAUACCCAGCGUGUAUUAGAUAGUAACUCAUGUAUGCCUUGAUGGCACAGGUGGCUUGAGCGACAUGCAAAAGCCACGAUAUUUGCCUGCCAUGUACUGUCAGGGGCGUACAUGUAGCUUCUUACAAAGACUGUAUUUCAUCAACAAAGUCCAGACUUCUAGUAGCAACACGACGAUAAUGCGCAUCGAAUGAAAAAUCAUCGAAACGGGUGGAGGGUAAUAUUGGAUCAAAAGGGAAUUUAUGUUGCAUUUGCCAAUUGAUGAGUCAAAUCAGUACAAUUUGCUCAAAGAACUGUCAAAUUGAGUAAACUGCGUAUCUCCGAAACCGCGUAUAAGAGGUACCGUGUAUCUCGGGGACUACCUGUACUUCUCGAAAUGUGACACAAAGCCUCUGGCAGAAACAGAAAUUGAUGAUUGUUUAGUGUGUUUGAAUUGUUAAUGGUAGUGAAAUGAUUCUUCGUUUUCUUCUCUAAAUCAGUAAUAUUCAUCGAUAGAUAAACUGGCAAUCCUGAAGCAUUGCAUCAACAAAUAUAAAUUGAUUUAGUGGACAAUUGUGUUUGUUGGUGGGUGUGUACUUACCUUCACCUUCACGAGAUCGUGCGCGUACGCGAACAUGAAAAAGGUGGCAGCGUACACAGUUAGGGUAAUUACGUUCAGUAGUGCAUCCACCAAGCUUAGCCCCAUUUCGAAAACAUAAAAUAUAGUGUACGUUUCAACGACACAUGUAAUCAAAAUAUCUAACACAUGAAGAACAUUCAUCACCCGAAAUGUGGAUGUAGCACGCUGCUUAAAGAAUUCCAACUCUUCCCAAAAAACGAUCGCCGCUCGAAGCAGAUGCAAUUCUACACGAUUGUUUUUUACAAACCCCACCAGCUCAUCUAAAUGAUGGGCGAUAACCAGGGCCCAACAUUGAAUGUACAUGCGAUGCAUUAGGGUAAGGAUUUCUAGUGCAACCAGUGCACAUACGUUGAGAAGGAAGUAUUCCUUUCGUGUUACUACAAUUUCCCACCAGGUGAUACACUGUCCCGCUAAAGCAGCAGUAAGUAAGAUGACGAUGCUGCCAACUUGAAUCCAAUAUAUUUGCAACGUUCUUCGCCUGGCUGGCAUUGGAUAGAACUUGGCGUGUUUGUGCUGGAUAACGUUCAAAGCAACGUUGUUAUCGCUUAUAAGUUGAUGCCUGCACAACCAUACCCACAGUGUUAGGGGUAUCAUCACUAAAAACCUCGUAGUAUAGAGAAUAAUAGAGCUUGCUCCUAUGACACUUAACAGUGAAGUUUGCAUAAAUUCUGCGAUAACCGCAAUGGCACUAACGACACUGCACGUCACCAACACGAUUAGUAGCGUUACAUUCCGGAAGACAUUUUUGUGCUGGAAUUCGUAACGAUUGCACAGGCUAUCGAAGUGAAGAUAAGUGGGCGACACGAAACAGUAGUUGAAGAUGUUAAGAAACUGCAGCUCGUGCAUCGUGUGUGCUGCGGGUGCUACUAGUGCGCCAACGGAAGAGGGCAUGUUUAAUCACUCAAACAAGGAACAUAAACUCAUUCAGUUGAUAUCGACCAAAACGAAAAAGUAAUGAACUUAUGCAUGCUAGAUCAGUACUAAUUGCUUGUGAAAUAUCACUAAGCACAACGCAAUUUACUAUAAUGUACUAAUAAAUAAUUGGUACAUUAACAGAAAUCGAUGUGUCAAUUUGCCAUCAUAGUAGAUUGAAUCAAAAAUGUAAUCGUUUAGUAAUUAAGUAAACAGUUGCCAUCACUUACCUUCACCUCAACGAGAUCGUGCGCGUAUGCGAACAAGAAACAGUCACCAGUACACAGGACGAGUAUGACUACACUCAACAGGGCACCCAGCAGGUUAAAUCCAAAUUCAUAGAAAUAGAUUAUAGCGUAACUUUCAGUGGCACACGUUAUCAAUAUAUCUAACAGAUGAAGUACAUUCAUGAUCCCGAACGUAGAUGCAACCCGUUGUUUGAAGUAUGUCAAGUCAUCCCAGAGUGCGAUCACUGUUCGAAGUGAUCCUAACUCUAAAUGCUCGCUUUUAGUAAUCCACACCAACUCCUCUAAGUAAAAGCUGAUGAGUAAGGCCCAGCAUUGAGCAUACAUGAGAUGCAUUAGAGAGAUGAAGAUCAUAACCACAAGCGCUAAUAAGUUAAACAAGUAGUAACCGAAUAAGUGUUCUCUGCUAGCUGAUGCGAUACUCCACAAGGUGUAAGAUUGAACAACCGAACCAAGCAACAGUGAGACGACAAUGCAGCCGAUCUGAACCCAGUAUAGUUGCAAUGUCUUUCGCUUUCGCCUUUGAUCGGCGAGUUUCGGCAUUUGAAACAGUCGUUUAUCCUUUUCCUGUACAAUGCUCAACGCAAAAGCGCAAUCAUGCUUCAACCUGCCCCUGUACAGUAAUAUCCACAUUAUGUGUGGCACCAUCACUAGAUACCGCAUCAUGUAGAGCAGGAUGGUGGUAGUUGUCAUUACACUUGCUAGAUGGUUUCGCAAAAUUUCCAACAUGAGAAAAGUGGCACAACUGAAACUACACGUAACGAGCACGGCUAACAGCGUUACCAUCCAGUAGACAUUUCUGCACUGGAAUUCGUAACGAUUGGUCAGGCUAUCCAAAUGAAGAUAAGUGGGUGAAACAAAGCAAUAGUUGAAGAUGUUAAGGAACUGCAGCUCUGCAUGCAUUGUGCUUGUUGGAGCUAACUGAUCGUGACUGAACAGAGUGCGCUGGAAUAUUCCAAUACGAUACCCCUGAACUCAUGAAAAGGAUCAAGUUGGAGCAGACGAUGACGGGUUAAUUAUUAAUGUUCUCUUAAUACUACAUGAUUGACGACAUUUAUGGUACAAACACCCUCCAGCUACCCUGGCACGUUCUCGAAGGAUGUUUGAAACAACAGUUUGAUGCACUUACCUUCACUUCAACGCGAUCGUGCGCGAACGCGAAUAUGAAAAAGGUGACCGCGUACACGGUUAGGGUAAUUAUGUCGAGAAAUGCUCCCAGUAAACCGAACCCCAUUUCCCAGGUACUGAAUAUGACGUACGUUUCAACGGCACACUUUACCAGCGCAUCCAGCGCAUGAAGAACAUUCAUGACGCCGAACGUAGCUAUGAUACGUUGCUUGUAGUGUUCCAAAACGUCCCAGAUGGUGUUCACCGUUUGAAGUAUAUCGGGUUCGUCUGGUUCGUUUUUAACGCGGCACGCUAACUCAUGGAAAUGAUCGGCGAUCACUAAGGCUAAGCAUUGUGUGUACAUAAGAUGCAUUAGCGAUACAAAAUCCAGGAUAAUGUAUGCACUUAAGUUGAGGAUGUAGUAGAGCUUUUGUUUUGCUAUAAAUUUCCACCAUAUGUAGACAUCACCGACCACGGCAGCAAUCAGCAGGAUGACGAUCGUGCCGACCUGCAUCCAAUAAAGAAGGCAUCUACUAUUUCGCUUGGUUGGAUUUUGGAAUUGCAGCUUAGACUUGUCUUGUAAAAGAUUCAAAGCAAUCGUACAAACUUCUAAUACUUUAUGCCUGUACAGCCAAAUCCACAGUAUCAGUGGUAUUACAACUGAUAGCCGCAUAAUGCAGAUAAUAAUGUUGCAAGCGCCCAUCACACUGUCGAGCUGGUCUUGCAUGAAUUCUAACACCAUCACAGUGGCACCGAUGCAAUUAACCGUUACGAGCACGAUCAACAGCGUUACGUUCCAGCAGACACGCAGAUUUCCGAGGCGGAAAUCGUAACGAUUGUUCUCGAUAUCGAACGACAGAUAGGUGGGCGAAACGAAACAGUAAUUGAAAACGUUCAGAAACUGUAGCUCAUCCAUUCUGCUUGCCGAGCAGGGUCGUUACUAAAGAGAGCGUUGGCGUAGUGCGAAAUGCGUGAGAUGAUCCAGCACACUUACUGCUGGAUAGUUAAUGAGAUCUGAAUAAUUGAGCAGCAUUUGAGGAGUGGUGUUGAGUGGACCUCUUCACCCAACCGUUGACUUACCUUUACGUUGACGAGGUUGUGCGCGUACGUGUAAAUUAAAAACGAUGCACCGUACGUAAGCGCGGCGACGAGAUUCAUAGGUACGUAGUGUAUCCCCAGACCCAUAUCGACGACGUGGAAAACAAUGUACGCCUCAACGGAGCACGUUACAAAAAUGUUCAGCAAGUGUAGCAGCUGCAUUAGCCCAAAGAUGGAGCUACACUUGCGCUUAAAGCUUUCCAGAUCACUCCCAAGGGCCAUGACGGUUUGGAGCGAAUGGUUGUGCUUGUAGGCAGCGCGACUGAUUAGUUUCGCGUACCGGUGGCUUAAAAAUGCAGGCCAAAACUGCACAUAGCCCCGGUGGAGGGAGAUGAACGUUUCGAGCACGAAAAAUCCAAACACAACCACAAUAUUAACUGCUUUUUGAUAACCUUCAAAGGAUAGUAUGUAGUACAACUGCACGACAAUGUUGAAGAGCAGCAUCACUAGAGCGAUACAGAUUUGCGUUUGCGUGAGGAGCCACACGUUGAUGAGUACGAUCCGAUCAGAACCGAACUGCCGUUCGAUGGCUAGCGCACGGUUAGAGAUGUCUACCAGUGUGCGGCCGUUUAGCAGUGUCCAACAUAUAAGGGGAACUACCACUACCAGCCGUAUGCCGUACAGAAUCAUCGUAAUGACACCCAUCACGGUGGUUAGCAGUUGAGCAAAGUCAUGUAACACAAGCAGUAGCGCAGAAGUGGCGCUGACUAGCGUUAAAGACGACAGGACGGCCGUAUUCCAGAGGAGGUUUCUGUUGCGAAAGAUGUAACUGUUGGAUUUCUGCUGCUCGGUGCGGUGAAGCUGAACCGGCGACACGAGAAAGUGAUUGAACAAGUUUAGGAUCUCCAGCUCCUCCAUGCUGCGAGCACGGGUAGGCGCGACUAGAUGGCAACUGGCGCAGCUCUGGCGCUAAUGGAUCGCUCUAACGUCAUGGCUCGACACGGGAUGGAAGGGAAAAGUACGUUGAAUAAUUGAGCCAGGGACGUUAAAUAUUAAAUCAAGCAACAACAACAACGCAUGAAGUAAUUAAAUCCAUUCGGUGGGAUACUAAAGCCUACCUUUUGAUCCAGCAUGGUGAACUGGAAGCACAGCCCAAACAGCAUUACCGUUUCCUGUACCGCAAUGAUCGACAAUCGUGUGAUGUCUCGGAGAUGUUUUUCGCUUAGCACAUGCUCCAGUAUGUCGUACGUGCAGAACGAUACGUUGAACAUGAGAUGCAGUAUCACAAGGAUUAGCUUAAGGCCAAUCACCUCCGAGAGAUGGUUCUUGCAGCCGUCCAGCACCGUCAACUCACUGAUAAUGGCGUGAAAUGGACGCACACGCAGGCUGUGCUGCAGAGUCGCGUACGCAUUGGAAAGCGUUUCCGCAAGCAGCUGACAAAGCAACAGGUUCAGCAGGAUGUAAUGUUCGACCAGGACGCCGCUAAAGACUCCCAGGGAGUACGAAUACUGACGACUUUGGUAGAUUUUGUACAGCGCUUCGGAUAUGGAGAGAACAUUGCAGAUUAGUAGUAUCACUAGCUGUAGUUUUUUGACGGAAAAUUGGCUGCCCGUCCGCCCAGUGAAGGCACUGCCCGGUAUGGUGUGAAGUAGCGAGAGUAGGUGAAACCGUUGCCGAAAGUUGUCGCAAAUCAGCAGCACCACAAUGAGCACUGUUACCAGCAGCCGGGCAUAGAUCGUGAAGAGGUUAAGGCUGAUGGUGUGCUGGUCCUUUCUUCGGUGCGUUGUCCAGGGGUUAAGGAACGCCAGCACCAAAAUCACGACCAGCGGCAGUAGCAACUGCACACGUGCUCGGGAUAUUUUGUAGCCAACCGCGUGCUGGUGGCCUUUCGUGGGUCGUACCGUACGCACAUUGCAGAUGAGCAGGGUGUGAAAAAUGUUCAACACUUUUAGCAUUGCUUUCCACACACACACACACACGCGCGGAUGGGAGAUGGGUGUAACUAAACGCAUCGGGCCAACACGCAACCUUGCAAUGUGGCCUCAUCGCGUUUGCGACGUUGAUAAGCGAGCACUUUAAUCAAUUACCAAAUUAAUUAUGAACGGGUGGGGCCCCCCUAAACCUCCAAUAACCGAGCGACCCUCACGUAAUCGUUCGGCAGUGUGUGUGUGUGUGUGUGUGUCUUGGACGGAGAUGUGCUCCAGUUUUCUUGUUUUGCAGCGCUUGAGGGUAAAGCCACCAGCACAACAGAGUCGAAUAUGCCGCGCUACCUGUUGCAGCAUGGCCUACUAGCACACUACAAGCAAGAAACCUAUCCCAAACGCGCACAACGCUGCGCUAAUGGGAGCGGCGUUUGGGGGCGCUGGUGUGCUAAGUGCCGGGGGUCCCACAAUAUCGGGCUAAUGAGUGUUUUGAUGUGAUUGUUUAAUGGUGUGGUGUGGAGCGUGCCUGCGCCAAAACGGGAAUACUGGCCUCUCAGGUUGGGGAAGGGGGUCGGUAACAGAUUUGUAAAAGGUUUGAUAGCGAGGCGCACAACACGCCGCCAAGUGCGCUAAUGUGAAGAAAGCCCUUCGCAGUCCGAGAGGGUCGAAGUGCUCCAAAAUAAUGACCCACCGGUUACAUGAUCUUGGUGAGCCAAAGGGGGGAAUAAGCCAACGUUUGCCAAAAAGCUGCCUUCAAACGGGAGCGAAAGAGCAUCCAGUUUGGCAUGCUCGACGCCGAGCAUGCUGCUGCGGCUUAUUACAUCGGCAUGCGCGAGAGCGAGCCACGAGCUGCACUGGUACGGUCCAUGUUUGGGCAGCUGGCCACAGAGGGUCGGGUCGGUUUUCCCACCCAUUCCGUUUGGGUUGGAUGAGAUGCACACACACACACACCCUGGUAGGCUGGCAGGCAAACGCAUUUCGUUUCGAGCGCUUUGUGUUCGGGCAUAUGAGUGCUUCUAUUACUUUUCUCCCGCCAAGAAGAGGACGACGACGAAGAUGUUACGGUAAUCAAAAAUACCUUUCGCCGCAGUGUACUUUCCCCUCCUUUCCCGCAAAGGGAGGGGUGUUUGACUAACUGCAUGCGAGGAUUUCCAAACCUCACAUAGACAACAGCAAAACAGAGCCCGCGUUAGAGUUGGUAGGGUUUUUUUUUGUUUGGCGCGAACGGAUUGAUUAUCUCGCCUGAUGCUAUCAAUCCCCAUUAUCGUCGUAUCUUGCCUCGGAAAACAUGCGUACGAAAAAAUGGGGAGGUGGCAGGUAUGAGGACGUCUGUUGGCCUACUGCUUGCAGCUUCGGCGAGGUAGGAGGAGGACUUUGGCGUAGACGGCUAAGGCCAAUACUUAAAAGCCGGCGUUUUCGUAACGGCACGGUUCAGUCGCGAUCGGUCCGGCCGGGUGGGUAGAGACUGUGCCCCUACGCUUCAGCAGACGAUUCCGAAGCAUGACGAUGGGUUGGCAGAUGGCGCUGCUGGUGCUGUUGCUCGGUGCAGUGGCUGGGCAGGCGCGUGUUCUCGGCAGCAGUCGGCGGAUUCGGGACUACGAUUUUGAUUUUUCGCAUCUCGGCGAAGCGCUGUACGGCAAUCACGAUAAGGCGGCGAUCGGCGAGCUGGUGCGUGCGUGGUCCCGAUCGCACAACGGCAGCAGCGUCAACCCGGAAGAGCUCGGCACGUACGCCGAGGGUGACAUCCAUCAGCCACUGAUCGAGCGCAAUGCGCUCAAGUUCACCAGCAGCAAGUGGAAGAAGGGCAUAGUGCCGUACGAGUUUAGUGAGGAGUUUUCGAUCGGUGACCUUACCAAGCUGUUUUCGGCGUUCGAGCAGUUCCACCAGAAAACGUGCAUCCGCUUUGUGCCGCACACGAAGGAGCGGGACUACGUGGUGAUCGAGGGCCGCAGCUCGGGAUGCUGGUCGGCGGUCGGGCGGAUGGGUGGCCGGCAGGUGCUGAAUCUGCAGCGCAACGGCUGCUUGCAGAUGGAGGGCACCAUCGUGCACGAGCUGAUGCAUGCGCUUGGGUUUCUGCACGAGCACACGCGGUACGAUCGGGACCGGUACGUGAACAUCUUCUUCCGCAACGUGCGCCCGAACCUGGUCAGCAACUUUGGGCGCGAAAGUGAGUCGCAAACGACGACGCUCGGCAUGCCGUACGAUUAUGGCAGCGUUAUGCACUACUCCAGAACGGCGUUCAGCAAAAACGGCAAACCGACGGUCGAGCCGAAGAUCAAGUACAGUGGGCAGCUGGGCCAGCGCGUCGGCUUUUCGGCGAAGGAUGUACAGAAAAUCAAUAAGCUCUACUGUCAUCGGUAAGGCAGCGCGGGGCCAGUUGCACAACAGUGGCGGCUGCAAGCCGGGGCCCCAGCUCUUACCUAAGAAUGAAUGAACCAAAAACGACGUGUCUUCUGAGAUACGGUCAAGAAGAGGCAGGUGUGAGUGUGUGUAUACAUUAAUGUUAGCUGGUAGUAAUAGGUUAACGAGCGAAACGAAAACGAAACAAAUCAUCUGAAAAUCGGAAAA